GCCUGACAGAUAUUCUGCGCUCUGCUGGUCGAGCCUGAGAAGCGGGAUUGUUGUUCUCCGGCUCCUGUCGCCAUAUGAGUCACCGGUAUGUUAACUUGUGUUUUAAAUCGCAGACAGUUAUCGUGUCAUUGCUUUGGGAUCUUAUAAUGCUUUCGAGGCUUUCCAGAAUGUUCAAAUAGACAGUAGUUCAUUAAGAAGUCUAACUUUUGGACGUUACCGAUAGCAUAUGAAUUUAGCUAAACACACAGCAUUACUCUGCUAGUCCUACUCAGAUAUGCAAGACAGAGAACAAAUCUAAAAAACGCAAAGUUUCUCUACCCCUUCAUCAUGACCGAGAGAGCCGACAGAGACACACCCAAGAGAAAGUUGUCAUUGUCUAAGAAUAAGAAGAAAGGCAGUGCCAAAGCUGGAUCUGCCAAUGCUGCUACCACAACUCCUAUCACCUCGUUCUUCAGCAACCAGCCUUCAGCUCUCCUGGCCUGCCCCCUGUGCGGCCAGCAGGUACCCAGAUUCAAGAUCAAUGAGCACAUUGAUUUAAAGUGUCAGAACUUUGAAAGGGGAGACAGCAGUGCAGCCUCAGCAAGCAAUAGUGUUGUGCCAAGCAUCCAUUUGUCACCUCGGAGGAAUCCCCCAAAGUCCCCAGCGUUGGAUCCAAACAGGGAGGAAGAGAUGAAAGAGACCAAGACCAGCCCUUAUUUUAAAAAGAAUAACUGUCAGCAGCAGCAGGCACCUCGGGAGCUGAUCUGUACACGUGUAGUCAGAGCGCUCGACCUAGGAAGUCUGGCCUCUAAGUUAUCUCAGAAGUGUCUUAAAGUGUCUGAGAGGACAGAGACAGAGGAUGAACAUGACACAACAUGUCCUGAAAAGGAGAUGUGUUUAUCUGAUUCUCUCAGCAGCUCACAGAAAGAAAAUCUCAUUCAGAGCAUCGUUGACAAAAAAAGGGAUAGUGCAACAGACAUUGACGUCACGGCAACCAGCUCGGACACAGCGACAGCAGUGAACAAUACAUCAUGUCCAGGAGAAGGACAGAAUGAAUCUAAGUUGGCCCAAAAACUGGUUACACCAAAGAUGCAGUCCUCUUUCUCUAGACUUGCAAAGAGAAAAAGUUCCACAGUGAAAGUGUCUGUCUCUAGAAAGAAAGUCAAAUAUGAAGGGAGCAGUGGAGAGCCACAGAAACAUCCAUCAAGUGCAACAGUACAGGAGAAGACUGAUACUGACCCAUCUUCUACUGCUGAAACUCCUGAUCCUCAACUGAAUUCAGAGAAAGCAUGUGAGGAUAAUGCUGCAGUGAUUAAAAGUGCUUCAGUUGCUGAGCCUGGUGCUUCAGAGAACACUAAUAGUGACCACCAAGCUGUCGAGAUCUCCCCUCCCUCACAGCUCCCUUACUACCUGCGUAACUUCCGGACCGUGCUCGAGGGAGUCCUGGAGAACGAGGACGACAGGGCGCUGUUCGACCAGCAUGACAUGUCGGUCGUGCAUGCGUUUGAGAAGCUCUCAGUCAUGGGGCAGAAGCUGUAUGUGAGGCUGUUUCAGAGGAAACUAAAGUGGCUCCAGGUGAAUAAACUGGGUUAUGAGGAGAUAAGCAGUGACAUGGGACCUGUCACUCAGGAGCUGGUUGAAGCUGGGUUUCUACAAUCAGAGAGUGAUCUUCAGGACUUGGGUGAAGCUCUGGAUCUCCUGCCUGCUCCUGAACUCAAAUCUCUGGCUAAAACUUUCCAUCUGGGCAACUCUGGGACAAAGCAGCAGCUAGUGGAUGGGCUCCUCCGUCUAAGCAGGCAAAAGUCCCUCUUCUCUCUGACCCCUGCUCAAAACAACAUUGGUGCUGUCAUUCUUAAAAGGGCGAGGCAGCUUACAGGUUCCUGUGUGCGUCUGUGUCGUGGUCCCCGGGCUGUCUUCUCUCGCAUCCUUCUGCUCUUCUCUCUGACGGACACCAUGGAUGAGGAGGAGAUGGCGGCUGGUGGGCAGAACCAACUCUUCACUAUCCUGAUGGUUAACUCAGGACGUUUGGCCUUCCCAGAUUAUAAAGUGCAGCGGAAAGCAAAGGUGUUCCUGGACAGAGAAGAUCUCAUCAGAUAUGAAACAUCCAUGCGAGGACUGCUAGAGAUCGUCUCAGCCAUGCAGGGAGGUCAGUGGGAAGAGGCCAUGGAGCUUUACACUGUAGCCAAAAGUGUCUGGCAGGAGCUGAAGCAAAGUCAUGACCUCAGUCAUCAGGAGCAGCUGCCUGUGUUCCUGCGCAGCUUCACAACAGGAUGGGCCUACACUCGGAUCUUAUCUAGAGGGGUGGAGAUCUUGCAGAGGCUACGUCGCUAUGAGGAAGCAGUUGAAGAGCUGCGGUCCUUACUGUCGCAGUCCAUUUACUGUCCUGAUAGCCGAGGACGAUGGUGGGACAGACUGGCCCUGAACCUUCACCAGCACCUGAAAAAGCCUGACCAAGCUAUUUGUGCUAUGAAUGAUGGGCUUUUGGACCCUCUGGUGCGAACUGGGCAUAAACUCUCUCUUCAUCAGAGAGCAGUGAGGAUGAAAGAGUCUGCAAGCUUCAAGAAGCAUCGUCUGAGACUGAAAGAACUACCCACUAUCCAGGUCCAAGAUGUCAAACAUGUUACUAUCAGGGGACAGCUGUUCCCUCAUGAGGGCGGUACAGGGAAAUCUAGGUUCCUUAUACCAGCUAACGAAGAGGGGGAAGAGGGCGGUAAUGCUACUGUCAUCUGCUCUGUGGAAGAGCUGUCCUUGGCGCAUUACCGCCAGCAGGGCUUUGACCAAGGAAUCCAUGGUGAGGGCUCAACUUUCUCAACAUUGUUUGCUCUUCUGCUGUGGGAUGUCAUUUUUAUGGAGGGUGUUCCAGAUGUUUUCAGAAAUCCAUACCAGACAUGCCCACUGGAUCUUUACACUGACUGUUUCUAUGAGAACAGAAAAGAAGCCAUUGAUUCUCGUGUGCAGCUAAUUAGAGAGGCAUCUUUAGAGACUCUGCGUGACAUGCUGGAAGAUGUCUGGACUUCCCAGGAGGGUAUGUGUUCACUAGUCAACUGGGAGCGUUUUGCAUCACUUCAGCAGGCACAGUCCCUUGUUUCAUGCAUGGGUGGAGCCUUCUUAGGAGGCAUAAUAGCUAGAAUGUCAAAGGACUACAGACACUGUCGUGGAGGUUUGCCUGACCUCGUGGUGUGGAGCACUGCAACCACUACCUACAAGCUGGUGGAGGUGAAAGGGCCUAGUGACCGGCUGUCCCAGAAGCAGCAGAUCUGGCUGGAUGAACUGCAGAAGCUGGGAGCUGGCGUAGAGGUGUGUCACGUGGAAGCUACUGGAGCCAGAGGAGCUCGUCUGGAAUAAACAGACACUAAAAAUGACUGAUAAGACUUCUCUGCUUACUGAACCAAGAGAGGUCAAUAUGGACUGGGUUUGAAGGAACAGCCUCUGAAAAAAGGAAUAGGCUUUUUUGAUACUGUUCAUCUUAAACAGAUGUUGGCUUUUAUCCUAAAAGUGCGUGGUUUUUCCAUGUAUAACACAUUGAAUUCUACCGGAGUUUUGGGAGUGUCAUUUUGAGGCGUUUAAAACAGCUGCAUUAACAGGAAGAGGUGCGUCACGAUGAAGACGAGAACUCCCAGGAUCAUAAAAAAAUAGCUUGCAAACAGAUCGUCAGAGCUGAUGCAUAACAGGAAAUGGAUCCAACACUAAACUGAUGGUGUUUUCCUGUGAAACGCUUUUUUUAAACUUACGUUGCUAAGCAACAAAAAUUCACAAUAGAUUGGCUGCUUGUGAAUUGUAUGACAACUCCAAGAGUUAUGCAAGUAAUUACUGUAGUAACUGGCCUGUAAAUAUGCACGUCAAUACUGUAAGAAAUAUAAGCUGAGUAUUAAAAGAGAAAUUGUUUGAAAUAGAGGGCUGCAAUAAAUGAUUGUGUUCAACAUCA